AUGCCUCUCACCAUGAACCACGUCAAAUCCCUGCUUGUGGAUAUGGUGAUGGCUGGAACCGACACAUCCUCCAACACAAUAGAGUUUGCCAUGGCUGAAGUCAUGAACAAACCAGAGGUGAUGCAAAAAGCCCAGCAAGAACUAGACGCCGUAGUUGGCAAGCACAACAUUGUAGAAGAAUCCCACAUUCAUAAACUACCCUACUUACAAGCCGUCAUGAAAGAAACACUUCGCUUGCACCCAGUCGUCCCACUCUUAAUCCCUCACUCCCCAACCAAAACCUGCACCGUCGGAGGCUACACCAUCCCGAAAGGGUCUCGGGUUUUCAUCAACGUCUGGGCCAUACACAAAGACCCUUGUAACUGGGAGAACCCAUUGGAGUUUGAUCCAAACAGGUUCUUGGAUAGUAAAUGGGAUUAUAGUGGAAGGGACUGGUCUGGGAAAAGAAUAUGUAUCGGGAUCGCUAUGGCUGAGAGGAUGGUGAUGCAUUUGCUUGCUACGCUUUUGCAUUCUUUUGACUGGAGAUUGCCACAAGGGGAGGAGCAGGAUUUUUCAGAGAAGUUUGGGCUUGCUUUGAAGAAGGAGGUUCCUUUGGUUGCCAUCCCCACUCCAAGGUUAUCGGAUCCAGCACUCUAUGAGUAG